CAGAGGCGUUGGAAACCAAUUCUCUCAAGAAAACCUCCUUGUUUGAGUAGAAGGUGUUGAUGAUCAAGCUCAUCAACUGAGAGAUCUCAGCCUAUGGGAGAAGUAGUGGAGAAUCAUUGGUUUAUGAUGUGUUAAGGAUACGAAGAAUAAGCAAUUGCUUGGAGAUCAGAUCUCGAUUGCACGACUGACGACGCAGACACACACAUGCGUAUGUGUAUCUGUCCAAGUGUUGGAUCAGGAAACAAUAGACAAGGCAUGUACCUGGAAAGAAAACGUCUCGGACGACAUGGUUGGAUGUGGAAUGUGGAGGGAAGAGAGGAUGAGGGAAACAAAAGAGGGAGCCAGCACCAGGCCAGAAAUAUAUACGACCUUGGUUAGAUAGUGGCCAAGCAACCGCGCCCACAAUAACAAAAGCUUCUAGAUGUUUCCUCAAAGAGGCGGAGAC